AGGAUCGUGAUCAAUUCCGUUCUGCACGCUCGCGAGUGGAUCGCGUCAAUGGUCGGCACGUAUUUGGUGGAGCACUGUGUGGAGCAGCAGAAGAAUGAUCCGAGCUGGUUGGCUGGGAUGGAGCUGGUCAUCGUGCCAAUUGUGAACCCCGACGGCUUCGUGUACUCGCAGACGGCCGAUUCCAUGUGGCGGAAGAACAGGGCCACGAACCAGGGGUCCACGUGCCGAGGUGUUGACCUGAACCGCAACUGGGAGAAAGAUUGGAACGGUGCCCAGUCGACAUCCACGAACCCUUGCAGCGAAAUCUACGUGGGCGCCUGGUCGCACUCCGAGCCGGAGACGCAGGCACUCAAGAGCGUGCUGACCGAGGCUCCUGUCAGUCUGCACCUGGACAUCCACUCUUACGGAGAGAUGAUCCUGGGGCCCUGGUCCUACACAGACGUCGAUCAUCCCGACAAGGUCACCGUGGAUGCGAUCGGAAUGGCCAUGCACAGUGCCAUCCAGAGCGUUUCCGGCACGGAUUACAUCUACGGCACGGGCACCGCCGGCGGUUCGAUCUACCUCGCCUCUGGCGUUGCGCCAGAUUAUUCCACGAACCGAGGUGCAUACGGCUACACGAUUGAGCUACCACCUGCCAGCGCGUGGGGCACUAGUGGUUUCCAGCCUGACACUUCCGAGAUCCUUCCAGCUUGUGUUGAGAUCUUCGAGGCCGUGAAAGCGAUGGUGAAUUGGUUCAGGCCUCAAGCGCCGACACCGGCCCCUCCCCCGACGCCCGUCCCGCCGCCGACGGCAGCUCCUCAGCACAUGUGGGCGGCCAUCAUGGGACCGUGCACGUUGGACGGCACUUGCGUGGAGAGCCCCAACUACCCGCAGAAUUACGGCACGUCUCAGGCGUGCACCUUGGAGAUCGACUCGAGUGUAGCAGGGCCGAUCGUGGUGGAGAGCUUCUACACGGAGCCGGUGUUUGAUUACCUCCGGGUCAACGGGGUCGCUUACUCUGGAUUAAGCGGCCCCAGUGGCAUCACCCCGACGGCGGACAUCUUUUGGUCCUCCGACUUCAUCAUCGCUGGAAGCGGCUGGCGGCUGUGCCAGGAAUCCGGAAGACGCCA